UAGGAAACGAAAGCAAAAAAUAAAGAAGAUGGAAAACAAGAAUAUGACAAGAGUGAAAACGUUUAUAAAACGAGGUGAUACUGUUGAGAUUGAUAAGUGUUCUAAAGAUGAUUGUUGUGAUGGCUUGUAUCAUUGUCCUUACUGUGAUAAAGCAGUAUUUAAACCAACUAGAUCUACUAAAACUAUUGACCAUAUUCAACUUUCACAUUUUCCUCAUGCAGUUUAUUUUAAAGAUUUGAUUAUAUUAAAAUGUUUUCUUGCAUGCAGUAAAUCAGGGCAUUACCAUUGUCCUUGUUGUUCUAAAGAAAUUCUAAAAAGGGCCAACUUUAAAGAUCAUCUCAUUGGUCAUCUGAAGAAAGAAAACGAAGAUACAGGACAUGUGCAAGCUCCUAAUUUCAAGCAACCAAAGAAAAUUGAAUUCUCAGAGAGCAAUGAUAUUAGUUUAUGUGAGCUGCCUUGUCAAGAUGAUGGAAAGAAACAUUAUCAUUGUCAUAUCUGUAAGACAAAAUCUUUUGUGGAUUUAAGUUCAACAUUAACUCAUGUAUGGAGAUGUAAUCAGGAACCAAAAGAUAAACCAAGGAAAAAUACUUCACUGCCAAUAAACAAUCAUGUACUGGUACCUGCUGAAAACAUAACACAUCAUAUAUCUGUAGUUCGAAGGAUAGAAGAUUUACCUAUUGUAAGAUGUACACGUAAUAAUUGUUGUGAAAAUAAAUUCCACUGUGUUUUGUGUCCGGCAGACAAAUUUAAACCAAAUUUUCAAAAUCAUUUAAAAGACCAUUAUACAACACACUGGAAGAACAGAGUAGAAAUUGAUGGUUAUAAUAGUUUAAUCUGUUAUUGUUCAAGUUUACCAGUAUCAACCAGUAACACAAUAAAUAAUAGACAACAUUUUCACUGUCCAUUCUGUGGUAUAACUAGACGACACAAAAUAGCUAUGGAAGUACAUGUUGAUGGUUGCAAUGGAAGGGGAAACAAUGAUAAAACAAUUUCUACUUCUUAUACUGAUCAAAUGGUUGAUGCAGAGAAGAUCGUUGAUUCAGCGAAAAUUGUGGAUUCAGAAAUGGUUGUUGCAGAAAAGUUGGUUGAUUCAUCAGUGGUGUUGACAAACAGGACGGUUGAUUCAUCAAUGGUUGCUUCAGAAAAGAUGGUCGAUGAACUUAAAGUGGUUAUUGAUUCAAAGGAUGUGUUGGCAUCAGAAGACAUGGUUGAAUCAGAAUUGAACGAUGUAGAAAUGGUUGAUCCAUUGACCAAAACAGAAGCAGUAGAGGACAUUACAGAGAUUGAUACAAAAAUUAUGAAUGAAGAAAAUGGAAUUACUGUUAUAGAUAAAGGAGAGAAUAGUCUGUUAGAGAUACAGGAUUCAAUGGAUGAGCAGUCAGAAAAUUGUCCAAUAAGUGAAAAAAGUUCUUCAAAAUCUGUUGAAGAUACGAAGUUGUUUGAUACAUUAUUUGGGUUGAUACCAGGAAGUAUACAAGAGUUACUGGGAUCUAGUCAGGAAAUUAUAAACACUUGCUUGUCUGAUAUAGCUCAAUCAACUUGUACCACUCUCAGAUGGUUCUCCCAUCAGGAAAAUAGAUUUGCUACACUGUCAGGGGACUUUCAGUCUCUAGAUAUGGCUCAGAAAUUGUUUACAUCAAAAUUAACAGAGAAAAAUAUUUUUAAGACCGGUCCUGAUAUCACCAGGAGCGAUUACCCAUCCAAUUCUAGUCCAAAAGAUCAAUUAAUUCAAAAUAUUUUUCAAAAUAUAAUAGAAAAUCAUAAUCAGAUAAUAGAGGAGAAACCCAAAGAAAUCGUAUCAAAAAUAAUGGAUCAAGAAGCUUCCAGAGAUAGUAAGAUAAUGAAAAUUCAUAAAAAGCGAGGAAGGCCGAAGAAAGUGUGUGCCAAAAAGCCUAAAGAUUUGUCAUUUAAACCAUUUUCAACUGUUAUUGAUACCCCAAAUAACCAACGCUAUAACACAAGAGGAAAACGAGUUAAAGUCUAUAAUUCAAGAGGUGAUGAUAUUGACGAGGAUGAUGAAGAUGUUGAGGAUAAAGAUUAUGAGUUACCAGUUAAAAGUUUGAACAGGUCUCUUGAAAAUGAACAAAAUAAGAGGAAUGAUGAGUUUGAUGAUGGUGAUGAUGAUGAUGAUGAUGAUGAUGAAGUUAAUGAUGAUGAUCCAAUACAGAAAUCAUCUGUAUCAACGAUGACAUAUCUGAGCGAUGAAGACGAGGAUUAUGAGGACGGUGAAACAGAGAAGACUAACAAUCAAAGUUAUGAAAACUCAAACAAAGACAAUGAUAUGACGAAUUCAACUUUAUAUAUUCCUCCAAUAAAAGUUAUCAAGCCAGCUGUCCCCAUCCAAAUUACCGCUAACGAGGAGAAUGGUAAAUGCCCUGUAUGUGAUUUCCAAUCUGAUGAUUUUUUUAUUUUGGUCAAUCACACAUUACAGAACCAUCCUGACUAUCCGGUAACAAGUCUUUCAUGUGAGAUUUGUGAGAAAUUUUUCCAGAAACAUUUAGGAUUGUUGAGGCAUUUGGAACGAACACACUGUCCACAGCAACAAACAGUGGAAUUUUCGUGUGAAUAUUGUGUCAGGAAAUACAAAACUGCUAAAUUACUGGCCUGGCACCUUAGUUUUACGCAUAAAAUAAGUACCGUUAAUUUGGUGUGUAAGAAGUGUGAUUACGUAGCCAAAUCACCGCUCGACCUUCGGAAACACAAGUUAACACACCGUGGAGAGAAAGCAUGUGAACAGUGUGGAAAAACUUUCAAAUAUUUCUGUUUACUAAAAACUCAUAUUGAAACUGUUCAUAAACCUACGGCAAAUUUCUCAUGCGAACAUUGUGAUAAAGUUUUCAGCCAUAGCAAGUAUUUAAAAUCGCACUUAAAACGUCAUACUGGGAUUAAACCUCACGUCUGUCGUAUAUGUAACGCAGCUUUUUACGAAUCAAAUACUUUAAAAUCCCAUGAGGAGACACAUCUGGAUUCAAAAGACAGAAAAUAUAGAUAUAUUUGUUCUUACUGCGGCAGUAAGUAUAACAACAAAACAAACUUCGAGGAACAUUUAAAUAAGCAUACGGGAAAUAAACCACACAAAUGCGUCCAUUGUGAUAAAUCGUUUGGUUAUAAGACCAUGUUAUCGCAACAUAUUCGAUUUUCACACAGCAAUGACAAACCAUAUAAAUGUGAAUUUUGUUGUAAGUCUUUUAAAGUUAAAACGCGUCUGACACAACAUUUGACUACACACACAGGUGUGAGUAAAUAUGUUUGUGAAUCGUGUCAAAAAGCUUUCACGUGUAGCACAACAUUGAAAAAGCAUUUUUUAAAAUGUAAACUUGCCUUUGACGUUCUACCGGAAGAACAUCAGCUUGUUCUGCCGGAGAUAGAAUAUAUCGAAAUGACGGAGACAAACGGAGAAACACAGACAGUAAUCUUGGACGCCUCCCAACAAAGCUUUGAAACAAUGUAUCUUGGCGAUGUUCAGUUGGAACAGAUCGUCACGGAAGAAGCGAUGGAAGUUAAAGAACCAGUACAAGAAGAGGUAUUUGUUUGUAGUGAGUGUAAUAUGGCGUUUAAUAGUUUUGAACUUGCUCAACAACAUAUACUGACAUCUCAUGCAUAAGUCAUAAUGUUUACAAAAAUAUCAAUGAAAAACUUAAGAGUAAAACAUAUAGAAGCUUCACCUAAGGGAUUUGCAAAACGUGGGGUUGCUCAAGAUCUGCAAUUUAGAGGGGCAUUUAGCAUCAACAGAUUUAAUUUUAUCACAUUUGGUGCCAUGUUUUUCUUUUUCCGAUGUAUUUACUUUUGUUGAAUAUCUAAAUUAUACUGAAAUUUGAUUUUCAGAAUUAGAUACUAUUGUUUCAAUGGCAUUUAGUAAUUGAACUGGAGUAUACAGGUCACAAUUCUAUGGAAUACAUUUACUACUUAUUACUCAGCGACGUU